AUCAUCUCUGAUUAAAUCGAAAAUUGCUUUAAGCCCUACACGCAUUACUCGGCAUUCAUCGUUCGACGUAAAAUUAUCAUGUUUGGGGGUCAUUGGAGGGCAACGUCCGAUUUGAUAAAAAUUGCGCGGCGUCACCAUCGCUGACUCACUUUCGACCGUAAAGGCACUUUGGAGUUUGACAGCUGUCAGAGAUAUCCUUAAUGACGUUGCAAAGAACGCAGGACUCGCGGAAUUGCCUCUGUUGGAGGGGAUGGUGUUUUCUCGAGUGGGCGUACCGUCAAUUAGUCGUUUCCAUUAUGUAACGGAGGUAUUCUUGCGUUUGGAAUAAUCACUAUAAAUAUUUUUCUACGUAGAUACUAGAAAUAUAGUCGAACCCGCACAGGAUUUACUAUGAACGAGUGUAAAUCGCUUCUGACGUCUCGGAGUCCCCUAACCUCAAUCGUCAACUUUCUCCAAAGGUCAUAAUAAUGCUUUUCGGUAGGGGGAAAUCGGUCUUUAGACAAUUACGUUCAAGUACCCCUCACUGGACGUCGUUUGCUAAUUUCGGCCUGAUAUCUGUUAACUUUGGGCGUGUUAAAUCAGGACCUGAAGUCAUGGAAUACGUUAAGGAAGAUUAUGUGACGAUUUGAGAAAUUCCUCAGCUACAAUGGCGUUAUUGUGUCGGCAUUGGAGGUUAUGGAUCCUGCCGGUUUUGACGUGCGUUUAUGCUCUUCUCAUCGUCAUUCUGGUGCCCAUACUUCUGGCCAAUUCCAUACAGCAUGGCUUCAGAAAGCAAGAUCAAGGUGCUUUGGUCGGAGGGGCGUUCGUCCUCCUGGCUUUACCGAUCGCCUUUUAUGAAAUUAUCCAGCACAUGAUACAUUAUACUCAACCUGGAUUGCAGAAAUAUAUCAUAAGAAUUCUAUGGAUGGUGCCCAUCUAUGCAGUUAAUGCUUGGCUGGGUUUGGUAUACCCAGCAGGUAGUAUAUACGUGGAUAGCCUACGAGAGUGUUACGAGGCAUACGUUAUUUAUAAUUUUAUGAUGUAUCUCUUGGCCUAUUUAAACAGCGAGAGUCAGUUGGAACAUAGACUGGAGUUGUCUCCCCAAAUUCGUCACAUGUUUCCGCUUUGUUGCUUGCCAGACUGGGAAAUGGGACGAGAGUUUGUACAUAUGUGCAAGCAUGGAAUUCUGCAGUAUACAGCUGUCAGACCCAUAUCUAGCAUUAUUUCCUUCAUUUGCGAAAUGAAUGGUGUUUAUGGGGAAGGUGAAUUUAGAGGGGACGUGGCAUUCCCAUAUAUGAUUGCGCUGAACAAUUUGUCGCAAUUUGUAGCAAUGUACUGCUUAGUACUUUUUUACCGAGCCAAUGCCAAUGCACUGCAGCCUAUGAAACCAAUUGGAAAAUUCUUGUGCAUCAAAGCAGUCGUAUUCUUUUCCUUCUUCCAAGGAGUGUUAAUUGCUGGAUUAGUGUACUUUGACGUGAUCUCGAGUAUCUUUGAUACCGAUAAUACAGACGACAUCAGAAAUAUCUCGUCCAAGUUGCAAGACUUCCUAAUUUGUAUAGAAAUGUUCCUCGCAGCAGUGGCACAUCACUACAGUUUCAGUUACAAGCCGUUUGUAAAUUUAGCACAGACUCAAGCCUGGUGGGACGCAUUUAGAGCUAUGUGGGACAUUUCGGAUGUACAUAAUGAUAUUAAAGAGCAUCUAGGAGUGGUUGGAUCCUCUCUAAGUCGCAGGAUUCGUGGCCGUAGCAUGUACCGUCAGACCUGGGGAAGUGCAACGGAACGUACCUCCCUGUUACCAGAAACACUUGUGGAUUCGAUGGCUCGCAGUGCACCAGCUGCUUCUCACAAUGGAUACAACACGUCCGAAGUGGGUGAUAACAAUAGCGACACACAAGUUGGAUUUGUCGAUCCAAAUUCAAACUCGCAGGAUAACAGCCAAGGUACAAAGACACAGCCAGAAGCCUGACUUUACGAGGCAAUGAAACAAAUUGGCUUAGAGAUCGGCCUUUGUCAGACUCCUUCCUGUAAUUUUAAGGUUGAACUUUAUAAUCAUUUACUUUAUUGCAACAUUGUCAAGCAGUGAUUUUACUCCAUACUAAGUAAUGGACACUUAUAAAACUCUUCUCGAGAACUUCGACUGUGACAAAUUUGAAAUCUGAGCUGCUACGGUCUAUGAAACUGUUGUGACAUCCCAUACAAUUAAGGAAUCAAUGGCUAAUCAGGUCAAAUUUAAACGUAAUCUUUUAAGCACGUAAGAAACACUACGAGGACCUUUUAAAUGAUGAUCCUUAGAUAUCUUCCCGAUCAUUGCAUUUAAGAAACAAGUGAACAUGCACGCACAUUAGCGCAUUCUAAAGACUCCAUUCUUAAUUUCAUUUACGAUUGUCCUCAAUGCAUCGUAUAGUGUUAAUACUGCACCCAUCCAUUACCAAAAGAAGUGUACAUAAGUGGAUAUAUGUUUACAUACUUAGGAUAUAUAUAGCGGAAUUCGUUAAUAAAGAACUAUUUAUACGUAA